AUAAAGUCCACGAAUAGGCAACGCUUUAAUUAUGCAACAAAAAAACAAUCCCUGAGAACAUUCGGGUGUCUGUGGUGGCGCUUACUAAGCGUGGUGUUGUUUGAUUGGCUGAACAUUGCUACCUUGUGCACAGUAUCAUGUGAUGUGUAGUUCUCCAAUUCCUCCCUUGACUGUCGCACGGUGCUGGAUUGAACCAAACGAGGAAACUACAAAAUAAGGGGCGGGACUACAUUUGACGCUUGUCGUGUUUGUGGGCGUGGCACGAUCUGCACGCGGUAGUUGAUUUUGUUUUAAAGCGGCAGCUUGAUCGCGAGUGCACGGAGAUUCCAGCUGUCUCGCAACUACGCAAGUGCGCUGCAAGAUGAACAAGUGUUCUCAUAGUACACGAUUGUCGGAUAUACGAUCAAGCAAUUCAUGGAGGAAAAGCACUUUUACUGUCAGCCUGUUUGGACUUCUGGUAUUAUUUCACAUCACACAAAGUUUGACAGGCGUUUUGGAUGACUGCUUCUGUGACAUUGAGAGCAUCGACGUCUUCAACAACUUCAAGAUCUUUCCGCUCGUACGCAAGCUCAUUGAACAAGACUUCUUCAGAUACUACAGGGUGAACCUGAAACGUCCGUGUCCAUUCUGGCCUGACGACGGCCACUGCUCGAUCAAGGACUGCCACGUGGAACCCUGCCCGGAGAGCAAGAUCCCAGUGGGAAUUAAAUCAGGCAACUUUAAUAAGCAGUAUUCUUUUGCUGUGAACACUAUCAGAGACAUUAAGGAAUGUGAACAGGCUCAUGAGCUCGGUGCCAUUAACAGCACACUGAGUAAUCAAAGUAAAGAGGCAUUUGAGGACUGGGCUCAUCAUGAUGAUGCCCAGGAUCACUUCUGUGGUCUGGAUGACGAGACGUCUCCUGAUGCUGAGUAUGUGGAUCUACGCUUAAAUCCUGAACGCUAUACUGGGUAUAAAGGACCCUCUGCAUGGAGAGUGUGGAAUAGCAUCUAUGAGGAGAACUGCUUCAAGCCAAGGUCAGUGUAUCGACCUCUUAACCCUUUGGCUCCAAGUCGUGGUGAUGAUGACGGUGAAGGCUUUUACAACUGGCUGGAAGGGUUGUGUCUGGAGAAGAGAGUGUUCUACCGGCUUAUCUCUGGUCUCCAUAGCAGCAUUAAUAUCCACCUGUCUGCUGAAUACCUUCUGGAUGAGGGCUGGGGGAAGACAUCAUGGGGCCCCAAUGUGCACGAGUUCCGCCAGAGGUUCGAUCCUGCCGAGACCAAGGGGGAGGGAACACGCAGGUUGAAGAACCUUUACUUCUUGUACCUGAUCGAGCUGAGAGCACUUUCCAAAGUGGCACCGUAUUUCGAGCGUUCAUUCAUCAACCUUUACACAGGCAACGCACAGGAAGACUCCGCUACCAAAGAGCUGCUGCUGCAGAUCUUUAACGAGACCAAAGCUUUCCCCAUGCACUUUGAUGAGAGCUCCAUGUUUGCUGGCCACAAAAUAGAAGCGAUACAAUUAAAGGAAGAGUUCAGGCUCCACUUUAAGAACAUUUCUCGUAUAAUGGAUUGCGUGGGCUGCAGUAAAUGUCGACUGUGGGGGAAGUUACAGACCCAGGGAUUGGGCACCGCCCUGAGAAUCCUCUUCUCUGAGAAAGAGAUCAAGAAUCUUCCAGAAAACAGUCCCUCUAAAGGCUUCCAGCUCACACGCCAGGAGAUUGUAGCUUUGCUUAAUGGCUUUGCGAGACUCUCUACCAGUAUAAAAGAGCUGCACAACUUCAGAACACUUCUGAAAGACCAGAGGUAACACACACUCAGGCCACCAGGUGGUGCCAGCCCACAGGACACUGCAAUAGGCUCAUCUUCCUCAACUGGAGACCUUUAUCAGGGACUUUAAAAUUGAGUGUGGCCAACAGGAAAUCUCCCCCGCUGAGCUUCCCCAAUCACUCUGCUCUGUUCUGCUUUUCUCUGCUGUCGGGCUAACAGGAAAUAAAACACUGCAGCUCACAGCGCGUCAGACCGCCAGCUUCUCACUGAAACAGGAAUCUGAGGCAGAACCAGAGCGCACACCUGUUUCCCCAAUCAUUGAUCUAGACUAAAUAGCUCUUUUUUAACAGCACCUCGAAAAUAGUUUUUUUUUUUUCUUGUUCAGGGUUUGUUUGUUUUACUUUUUGUGUAUGAGAGAGCAGGAAUGUAAUAUAUUUGUGUGUCAGUGCGAGCGUGCAUGCACAUGUGGCUUUUUGAAAUGGUUGCUAAUUUCCUCAAUAUUUUGAUGCACCCAAGUCACCAAGAAUUAAAAAUUGGCUUUUCAUUUUAACAUUAAAUGCUGCCUUGUAGGACCCUAGACUUUUCUAUGUACUGAAAUAAGGAUAUGUAGCAAAUGUUACAACAACAAGCAUCUCAUAACAAGCAAUAUAGUUACAGUGUAGGAUAUCUGUAAAUUAUCUGCAAUGACAGCAAAUAUUACUAGAUUGACCGAACUUCAGUAUUAAUUUAAAAUACUCAGUUGCUUGGUUUGCAAUCCAAAGCUUUUCUAAAAAAAAAAAAAAAAAAAAGGAGAAAGAAAUCUAAUUUUUUGUGUCAGAUAGCUCAUCUUAUGUGAGUGUUUUAUAUUUGUCAAAAAAAAAAAAAAAUCAUAUAAUGAUAUUUGUGUGUAAGAGAGCGCUUCUUUACAGAAAUUCCUUUUAAUACAGUGGGAUAGUGACCAAACACAUGUCCCAUGUUAAUUUUCUUGUGGUGUCAGACCAUGUAAAGUGUGUAAGCAGAAGCUGCCAUAUAUAUUUUCUGUACACAUAAACGCAACACAGUAAACUCAAGAAUUAGACACCCGUAAUGAAAAUUCCCCAAGAACUAAAAUGUGAAAUUGAACUAAGCGGCAAAUUCACUCUCUGGUGUCAGUCACACUGACACAAGCCAUUAAUGGUUUAUUAAUCUGUGAGCUCAUGUAUGUGGAAGAGGGUAAAUGGUGCUUUAUUUUGUUUUAUUAUAAUUAUUUUUUCUCAUUUAAAUUGCAUUUUAUUUCAUUGUAUUUUAUUAUUACAUAAAUAUCAACAUUAAUUAAACCAAAGCUAGGCUACAGUUUUAAUUGUUGUAUUGUUGAGCUUCUACAAUCACUUUUUACAUGAAUUUUGCAGAAAUUAAUUGCGUUCACUGUUUUCAUGCUGUUCCUUGCCAGUUGCCACUUCAUUGGGUGCACUUGUUAAGGAUAUCGUUACUGAUAUGUUGUUGUGUGUCAGCCCCUUGUACCAGGAUCAUCAGAGCAAAGGGAGCACCAAAGUAUCAACCUUAACUUUAUUAUUAGUUUGGUGGCUCAUUAUAACAAGUAAAAGGAAUGUAGAUACAAGUAUGUCUAAUAAACUGGCAAUGAAUUCAGUGUGUAUUUGUUUGUAAUCAUGCUGAUGAAGGGUGGCAUUAGCACUUGAUUUCAAUCUAUGUAGACACUUAUCUUUUAUGUUCAAAUAGGGAGAUGAGAAUGUAACACCUGUAAUUGUUAAUCGAUCAAUGUCUAAGAGAAGCUCUGCGUAUGUGUGCGUGCGCAUGUGCGUCCAGAAAAACUCUACUAAACAGAUUGUGUCUUCAGAUUUUGCAAUGUUCCUACAUUUUCUUAUCAAUGAACAGAAGCAUCAGUGAUUAAAAAGAGGACUAAAAGCGACUCAAUAAAAGCAGCCCUUACUAAAAAUGGAGUCAUUUUCUGCCACAGUGAUUUCAGCCUUCUGUGCUUUUACUGAGCGGGUACCAGCAAUUUUUUAAUGAAACACUUAAGAUUAUAAAUUUCAUUAAAUAGGAACUAUUCUGUAUACAGUUAGAGGAAAAGGAUUUUGCAGUGCUGAGGAUCAGACCUAAUAUUCUCUUUAUGACCUGAGGUCACCUAAAGCCAUUCUACAUGUGAUUUAACACAAAUAUUCUUCUACACAUUAAGUGGCAGCUGUGCGAUCUGCGUUUCUUUUUAAUUGGCCCAGAUUUUCGCAUUUGUAAAAGGGGAUUUUCAGUUUGUUUACUGUCUGUGUGCAUUAUAACGGUUCAUCUGUUUCUUUGUGUAUUUGUCAAUGUAUUUAUUUAAAAGGAGGAAUAAAACCAUCUUUGAAUGUC